UUUUGUGUUGCGCCACUGGGUCUGUCUAUCACAUACGUCUCGGCUGGGGCAUCACUUUACUUUUCCCGGUGUGACUGAUUUGCAGGAAGAGGAGGAGUUUGGUUUUUCGGGAAAGGUUGAGAGUGGUAUUUGUCUCCCGGGGGAGGGGAUGGGAGGCUUUUUAUAGCGUGAAGACUGACUCAAAAGCGACGCGGGGAGCGCUAGUUACAUGUGAGAGUUAAAGCAUCGUUCUAAUACAGGCCAUGGAUUUCCCAGGGCAUUUUGACCAGAUCUUCCAGCAGCUGAAUUAUCAGCGCCUACAUGGGCAGUUGUGUGACUGUGUGAUCGUAGUGGGGAGCCGUCACUUCAAGGCGCACCGCUCAGUGCUAGCAGCUUGUAGCACACACUUCCGGGCUCUCUUCACAGUGACAGAGGGAGACACCAGCAUGAACAUGAUCCAGCUAGACAGCGAGGUGGUGACAGCCGAGGCCUUCUCUGCUCUCAUUGAUAUGAUGUAUACCUCCACGCUGAUGCUAGGUGAGAGCAACGUCAUGGACGUGCUGCUAGCUGCCUCACAUCUCCACCUCAACGCUGUGGUCAAGGCCUGCAAGCACUACCUGACCACCCGCACCCUGCCCAUGUCCCCCCCUGGCAGCACCAAUAACGAGCGGGUCCAGCAGGAACAGCAGGCUGCCAGCUCCCGACUCCAGCGCUCCUUCCUGCUGCAGCAGUUGGGUCUCAGCCUGGUCAGCUCGGCGCUUGGAGGACAGAAUGGGGCUGAUGAGACCAAUCCGAUCCGGGGUGGAGGAGCAGGAGUGGUGGAACAGCGAGCAUCCUUUCCCAUACGGCGUUUUCACAAGAGGAAGCCCUCUGCUGCUGCAGCUGCUGCAGAGGACAGGUUCAGGCAGCGGCUGAGGCCUUCAGUUACAGCCGAGGAGUCCAUGAUAAUGAGUGACAUUGGUGGUGUUGUGGUGGACACAGGAGCCCAUGCUCGUGAAUACUUUUCCCCGGAUUCUCUCAAGCUGGGUGAUGGGCCAAAACUCGAUGAAGGCCUGGGAAGCGUCUCAUCGGUGGACAAUGCAGAUGAUAGCACCAUGAUGUUCGAGCAACCCUACGGUAACCAAGAGGAUGCUCAGCUGCCUAGCCAAUCAGAUGGUGGCAGUAACACUGGGCAACAACAGACCCGGAAUGACCAAGCAGCUGAUGAUGGCAGCUUUCAGGUUCAUGUCACCCCUGAGGAUGGAGGGAAGGAUAUGGAAGCGCGGGAUGAAAAGGAAGAGGAGGAGGAGCAGCACAUGCAUGUGGUGGUGAAGAAUGAACCCCUGAGCUCCCCGGAGCCCCAGGAUGAGGUCAGUGAUGUCAUCUCACAGGCUGAGGGCAGUGACCAUGUGGAGCAGGGGGCUGACAAGAUCGAGCUGAGUCCAGAGAGCAGCGACCGCAGCUUCUCGGAUCCUCAGUCCACAACUGACCAUGUGGGGGACAGGAGAGGAGUAGGUCCCACCAGCAAUAGCAACCUAGAUGGCAAGCAGAAUUUCAGUAUCUCCAGCUUCCUUAACAAGGGCAGGGCAGCUGGGGACAACUACAGCCAAGGCACUAAUGACAAUCUUCCCAACACCACCAGUGGGGAGUGCCGCAUGGAAGGGGAUACAGCCUACCUCCUGAGCCCCAAAUCUGUCAAUGGGCCUUCCCACCACCACCACCACCACCAGCACCUGUCAGGGGACAGCAACCCUUUCAGUGAUUCUUCGGACGCUCACUUCCUGCGGCCGAUGCAAGAUGCAAUGGGCCAUGGCUACCGCGGGGCUGAUCAGUUUGCAUUGGACUUCCAGAGGUCCAGCCUGGGCCUACACUCCCUCUCCAGGUCUACCAAAGGAGUGGAAGGAGGUGGAGGUGGGAUGCCAGCAAACAUGGGUUUUCCAGGCUACCGUCGUAUCGCCCCUAAGAUGCCAGUGAUGGGUGCCUCGAUGCGAAUGGAUGGUACUCAGCUGCAGGAUGCGUCAUCUUCCUCGUCUUCCUUUGGAGGUGUUGGUGGAGGCAGCAGCUCCCACAUGCUGCUCAACGGGGCAGCUUCCUCGGGUUACGAUGGGGGUCAGCAGGUGGCGGCCCCUCCCCAGUUGACACGCGCCUCUGCUGACGUGCUGUCUAAAUGUAAGAAAGCGCUCUCGGAGCACAAUGUGUUAGUGGUAGAAGGGGCACGCAAAUACGCCUGCAAAAUUUGUUGCAAGACUUUCCUAACCCUGACAGAUUGCAAGAAGCACAUCCGUGUGCACACAGGGGAAAAACCCUACGCUUGCCUUAAAUGUGGCAAGCGCUUCAGUCAGUCCAGCCACCUCUACAAGCACUCGAAGACCACAUGCCUGCGGUGGCAGAACAGCAACCUGCCCAACACUCUGCUCUAACACCCCGUCUAACCCUUCUACUCACAAUCUUCAACUCAGACUGGACCUACUUGCCCAAAACCUAAGCACAGAUGGACGGCCAUUACUUUCAGGGUUAUCAUGGACCUAACCCGAAGUGGGCAGUAGUCACAGUAGACAGCAUAGUAGAAUAGUCCUAACUUUAUAACAAAAGCUAUCACUGUUUAUUUUAUUGUUUUAAACUGCCAAUAGUUUGUUGUACUUUUUUUAUUAUUAUUUUGUUCCCACUAACUGCAAUAUAAGUUGUCAAAUCAAACAGGACCCUGGCAUUUUAAUCUUGCAUGAAAAAAAUAUAUAC